CGUCCACGGCGCGCACAACUUACAACACUUCCUCCAUCAUGUCUCUGCCCCGUCGCCCGUCGCGGUCGCAGUCGCGCCGCGUGGUGUCGUCAAUAUCUCUUCUUUUCAUUGCGCUCGUCGCCAUUCUUUGCUUGUGUCCUGUCGCGGUCAGUGCUGAUGAAGACAAACGAUCGGAAUAUGGGACGGUCAUUGGUAUUGAUCUUGGUACAACUUACUCUUGCGUGGGUGUACAACGAGGAGGCCGUGUAGAGAUUAUCGCGAACGACCAGGGUCACCGGAUAACGCCAUCAUGGGUCAGCUUCACGGAUGACGAGCGUCUUGUCGGCGACGCAGCGAAGAAUGCGUUCCAUUCCAAUCCCGAGAACACUGUCUUCGACGCGAAACGUCUCAUCGGUCGCAAGGUCGAUGACCAGGAGGUCAAGCGCGACAUGAAGCACUGGCCAUUUAAGAUUGUCGGCAAGAACGACAAGCCGGUGAUCCAAGUGAAGUACCGCGGUGAGACGCGUGACUUCACCCCGGAGGAGAUCUCGGCCAUGGUCUUGAGCAAGAUGAAGGAGACCGCUGAGGCAUACCUCGGAAAGACCGUCACGCACGCCGUUGUCACCGUCCCUGCAUACUUCAAUGACGCUCAGCGCCAAGCCACGAAGGAUGCGGGCACGAUCGCCGGUCUCCAGGUCCUCCGUAUCAUUAACGAGCCCACGGCCGCCGCCAUCGCGUACGGUCUCGACAAGAAGGGCGGCGAAUCUCAAAUCAUCGUCUACGAUCUCGGUGGUGGAACCUUCGAUGUUUCGCUGCUCUCAAUCGACGACGGCGUCUUCGAGGUCUUGGCCACUGCUGGUGACACCCACCUCGGUGGUGAGGACUUUGACAACCGCGUGAUGGACUAUCUCAUCAAGCAGUACAAGAAGAAGACGGGGACCGAGGUCUCGGGCAACUUGCGCGCGAUGGGCAAGCUUAAGCGUGAGCCAGCAGUCACCCGCGUCGAGAUCGAAAGCUUCGAGAAUGGCAAUGACUUCUCGGAGACGCUCACUCGCGCCAAGUUCGAGGAGCUCAACAUGGAUCUGUUCAGGAAGACGAUGAAGCCGGUUGAGCAGAAGGAGGAUGUCGAUGAGGUGGGUCGUCCUUGUUGGUGGUCGACUCGUAUCCCCAAGGUCCAGCAGCUCCUCAAGGAGUACUUUGGCAAGGAGCCUCGAAGGGUAUUAACCCCGACGAGGCCGUCGCGUACGGUGCUGCCGUCCAGGGUGGAUUCUCUCGGGCGACGAGAUCUCGGUGACAUCGUCCUUACCACUGGCGGCGUGAUGACCAAGCUCAUCGCCCGCAACACCGUCAUUCCCACGCGCAAGAGCCAAAUUUUGAUCCAGGUCUUUGAGGGAGAGCGGUCGUUGACGAAGGACAACAACUUGCUCGGCAAGUUCGAGCUCUCUGGCAUCCCACCCGCGCCCCGCGGUGUCCCGCAGAUCGAGGUGACGUUCGAAAUUGACGCGAACGGUAUCAUGAAGAUCUCCGCGAAGGACAUGGGAACCGGGAAGUCAAACUCUGUUACGAUCACGAACGAAAAGGGCCGCCUGUCGCCCGACGACAUCGAGCGUAUGGUCAAGGAGGCGGAGGAGUUCGCGGCGGAAGACGAGGCACAGCGGAAGCGCAUCGAGGCGCUCAACGGGCUCUCGGCAUUCGUGUUCGGCCUCAAGUCGCAGCUCGCAGACCAGGACAACUUGGGCGGCAAGUUGGAAGACGAGGACAAGAAGAGCCUGCUCGAGAUCAUCAAGGACACUACGGAGUGGAUCGAUGAAUCGGGCCAGGGCUCCAGCGCCGAAGAUCUCGAGGAGAAGUUGCAGGAGGUGCAGGCGAAGGUGUCGCCGAUCACGAGCAAGAUCUACGCGGGUGGCCAGUACGCCCCCGGUGCAGACGACGAGCAGGACCCGCUCUACUCCCACGACGAGCUGUAGUGGCUUGUUACGUAGUCACGAGCUAGUAUUCUUCAUUUAUUCUGUUUGGAGGCAAAAUAAUAUUAUACAUUCGGUCUACGCGUCCCC